GUUUCCCUCUUUUUUAUUAGCCAUAUACUCAUUCAUUCACUCUCACACAUUGAACUCAGAAACUGGGAGAGAGAGAGAGUGGUACACCCCUAUCACCUCAGCAAAAACAACUUCAAAGCUGGGUGCGAAACAGAUGAUCCAAUCCUUGUAGUUCACAAAUCUUUGACACAUCUCAAAUGAACAUGGCUCCGAUGGUUCCAAUUGCAACUAGCAAUGUUUCAGUUACUCCAGGAGCUGUCUUUAUCACGAGAAAGAAUACAUGUUUAUCAAGAUGCAAUGUUUUGCGGAAAUCGAGCAAGCAAACUUUACCUACCCCAAAAUAUAACCUGCCUCUGUCAACAUCUGUUAAAUUGUUUCCCCAUUUUAGAGUUGGUUGCAUUUUACGACCUAAAUUAAGAGGUUUCAUAGUAUCAGCAACUGAAACUGAUGUAGCAGUGGAAGAAGUAGAAUCAGCUGCUACAGAUGAUGGAUCAGGUGAAGCCUCAGAAGCUUCAUCCGAUGCUUCUAACACAAGUGAAGAAACAUCUGUUCGAGCUAAGCGUACAAGACCUGCUAGGAAGAGUGAGAUGCCCCCUGUGAAGAAUGAAGAUCUUAUUCCGGGUGCAACUUUUACUGGAAAGGUCAGAUCAAUCCAGCCAUUUGGCGCUUUUGUUGAUUUUGGAGCUUUUACAGAUGGACUUGUGCAUGUUUCUAGGUUGAGUGAUAGUUUUGUAAAGGAUGUCGGAAGCAUUGUAUCUGUUGGACAAGAGGUGACAGUGAGAUUAGUUGAAGCAAACACUGAGACUGGGCGCAUAUCUCUCACCAUGCGUGAAAGUGAUGAUCCUAGUAGGCCUCAGCAACAGAAAGAUGCUCCAACCAGCAGUGACAGACCCCGAACUCCAAGGAAGAACACACAAAGGAACAACCAAAGGAGAGAUGAGGUUAAGAAAGUCUCAAAGUUUGUUAAAGGGCAGGAUCUUGAGGGCACUGUAAAAAAUUUAGCCAGAUCUGGUGCUUUUAUAUCUCUUCCUGAAGGAGAGGAAGGAUUCCUGCCUGCAUCAGAGGAAGCUGAUGAAGCGUUCGGAAUUAUCGACAGUGGCUCUUCACUACAAGUAGGUCAAGAAGUUAGUGUCCGUGUAUUACGAAUUACCAGAGGACAGGUAACUUUGACUAUGAAAAAAGAAGAAGCUGCUUCAGAGUUGGACUCAAAGCUCAACCAGGGUGUUGUCCAUUUGGCGACAAAUCCUUUUGUUUUGGCUUUCCGUAGCAAUGAAGAAAUUUCUUCAUUUCUGGAUGAGAGGGAAAAAGAGGAGGAACUAGCUGAACAAUCAAAGGAAGAUGCAGAGGAAGCAGAUGUGGCGGCUGAUAAGACGGAUGUCUUGCCUGAAACUACAGGCAAUGAGGAAGAAUCAGUCAAUGCUGCAAUUGAUGGUUUUCCUGAAACUAUAGAUGACGAGGAUACAAAACAAAACAUUGAUGAAGAAGUGGAGUCAGUUUCUGAAAAUGCUGAGGCGUCACCUGUGGGAGAUGCUGUGGAACCUGAAGCUGAAACUGGCUCAUCUGAGCAAAUAGCUGAUCAGAUUUCAGCAUCUGAAACUGUGGCUGGCGAGGAGGUCGUGGAGAAACUAACUGAUGAUGCAGUAGCGAAAAAUGAGGUUGAAACUCAAAUAGCAAGUGUCACAGAAGCUGCCAAAGAAACAGAGGAAACUAGUGGCGAUGAGAAUGGAAGUAUAUCAAGCCCAGCUGGACAAUCUGAAACUCCUUUGGAGAAUAGCAAGGAUGAAGUAAGUCAGGAAGGUGCUGAAGUUGUGGAGAGUAAAGUUGAAAAUACUCCUUCCAUAGAGGACCAAUCAACUGAUACAGCUGCUCAGAAGGAAGAGGUGGCUACCGCUGCUGAGCAAGAUAGAAAUGUUGCGAACUCAAGUGAGCAAAAUGGGACUGCUUCAUCAAAUGAAGCCGCAGCAAAAGAUAGAAAUGUUGCGAACUCAAGUGAGCAAAAUGGGACUGCUUUAUCAAAUGAAGCCGCAGCAAAAGCUAUUUCACCUGCUCUUGUGAAACAAUUGC